AUGGAGCUGCCGGCUGCUAGAAUCCGGGGUUCUCCACCGACUUCCCUCACCUGGAUCCUCUUAUUAUGCUUUUACUGGUUUGCCAGGGCUGCCGCCGACUCGGACUUUGACGUUUUACAGUAUAUCAAUCCAUUGAUUGGCAGCACAAACGGAGGCAAUGUCUUUGCUGGAGCCACCAGACCAUAUGGAUUGGCGAAGCCGGUAGCUAACGUGGAUGGUGCAAAUACCGGCGGCUUUUCCACAGAUGGGUCCAACAUCACCGGCUUCAGCUCGGUCCACGACUCGGGUACAGGAGGCAAUCCGAGUCUGGGAAACUUUGCCCUGUUCCCGCAACUAUGCCCUAGUGACGAGGUCGAUGCUUGCCAGUUCAGACUGGGCGACCGAGCCACGCCGUAUGUGGCAAGCAGUGUCGUUGCGAGCCCUGGCCACUUUUCCGUGGAGCUCACCAAUGGUAUCAAGACCGAGAUGACGUCGAGUGACCAUGCUGCUCUUUAUCACUUUCAGUUCCCGGCCAGCAAUAGUACACAGCACUCGCUCGUACUUUUGGAUCUGUCGGAUUUGUGGCAGAGCCGACAGAAUGCCUCAGUCAGCGUCGAUGCCACGACCGGACAGAUGCGAGGCAAUGGCACUUUUCUCCCCAGUUUUGGCGCAGGGUCCUAUGUCAUGCACUUUUGUGUAGACUUUUAUGGCGCCGACGUUUUUGACAAUGGAGUCUGGGUCAAUAAUCGUGCCGGAACGGAGCCCAAAGACUUGUACGUCACCCGAGGCUUCAACCUAUUUUACAUCGAGGCUGGCGGCUGGGUUCGAUUCAAUAAUCCCGCCAACAGCACCCUCACUGCGCGCAUGGGAAUCAGCUUCAUCAGCACGGAACAAGCCUGCAAUCGUGCAGAGACCGAGAUUCCAGAUCCAUUGAACGACUUUGAUCGUCUUGUUACGGAAACUCAAGAUGCAUGGCGAAGUCAAUUGAGCCCAAUCACAGUCACCCCCGGCGGUGCUAGUACAGACCUGCAGACCAACUUUUGGAGCGGUGUGUAUCGGUCAAUGAUCAACCCCCAGAACUACACGGGUGAGAACCCUAAAUGGGACUCUGAUGUGCCGUACUUCGACUCUUACUACUGUCUAUGGGAUGCCUUUCGUGUUCAGCAUCCACUACUCACCAUUGUUGACCCUGUGGCGCAGGGUCAAAUGGUCAACAACUUGAUCGAUAUCUAUCAAAAUGAGGGCUGGCUCCCGGAUUGUCACAUGAGUCUUUGUGACGGCUGGACACAAGGCGGAUCCAAUGCUGAUGUAGUGCUUGUCGACGCGUGGGUCAAGAACUUGACUGGCAUUGACUGGAAUCAUGCUCUCGAGGCCAUUGUCCAAGACGCCGAGGUAGAGCCCCUGGAAUGGUCGUAUCACGGACGAGGUGGACUACAAAGCUGGAAGAGCCUCAACUACAUUCCCUAUCUUGAUUACGACCCCAUCGGUUUUGGUACCAACUCUAGGAGCAUCUCCAGAACAUUAGAGUAUGCGUACAACGACUACUGUCUGGCGACACUAGCGGAAGGCCUUGGCAAGACUGAUUUAUACGACAAAUAUAUUCAGAGAAGCACCAACUGGAAGAAUCUAUGGAGAGAAGAUCAAACGUCGAUAAUUAGGGGAAACGACUCGGGCUUCACUGGCUUCUUCCAGCCAAAAUACAUGAACGGCACCUGGGGCUAUCAAGAUCCUAUUGCUUGCUCAGCUUUGGCAGGUUUCUGUUCGCUCACCACCAAUCCAUCAGAGACCUUUGAGGCAAGUAUCUGGCAGUAUCAAUUCCUUGUUCCUCAGCAAAUCUCCUCACUGAUUAAUUUCAUGGGUGGCGAUGAGUCUUUCAUCUCAAGAUUGGACUACUUUCACACGUCUGGUCUGGCUGAUAUCUCGAAUGAGCCUGUAUUCAGUACCGUCUAUUUGUAUCACUACGCCGGCCGACCCGCUCUCUCCACCAAGCGUCUGCAUACCUAUAUCCCAUCUGCGUUCAAUAACACAAAUGGAGGCCUGCCUGGCAAUGAUGACAGCGGUUCCAUGGGAGCUUUUGUUGCCUUUGGCCUGCUCGGACUCUUCCCCAUUGCCGGUCAGAACGUCUAUCUCAUCUCGGCUCCGUUCUUUGAGGAGGUUAGCAUCAAAAACGGUCUCACUGGAAACACGGCCACGAUCAAGACUGUUGGGUUCGAUCCGUCAUACGAAAAUAUCUAUAUCCAAAACGUGACCGUCAAUGGCGAGGCCUGGACCAGGAAUUGGAUUGGCCAUGAGUUGUUUACUCAAGGAUGGACUUUGGAGAUUACUCUUGGCAGCAGCGAGUCAGGCUGGGGCACGAAAAUCGAAGACCGGCCGCCAAGCCUAGCGGACACUUCAUAA